AUGGCGGACGCGGAGAUGGACAUCGACGAGAGCGGCGCCGCGAACGACGCGAGCAAGAACGGCGCAUAUUCAGACACUCGCACAGCUGCCGACGCGGUCGCAGUGCGCAGCAUCGAGGGCUGGAUCAUCAUCGCCACCAACGUGCAUGAAGAGGCUACGGAGGAGGACAUUCAAGACAUGUUUGGCGAGUACGGCGAGAUCAAGAACUUGCAUAUGAAUUUGGAUCGGAGGACGGGUUAUGUGAAGGGAUAUGUGUUGAUUGAGUACCCUACUUUGACCGAAGCAAAGGCCGCUAUUGAAGGCGCGAAUGGCGAGAAGUUGCUAGAGCAGACGAUUGGGGUGGAUUUCGCAUUCGUUCGCCCUCCGCCUUCCAAGGGCCAGUCGGGUGGUCGAGGAGCGAGGAAAGGUGGGAGACCAAGAAGCCGCAGUCCGGGGGAGAAGAAAGAGGAGGAAGAUGAAGAGGGCGAGGUGGAGUGA